AAUAUGUUGUUUCCCCCCCUUCUGGAAGUGAAAAACCGGAAAAAGAAAAAGAAAGAAAAGAAAUAAAAGUUAAUAAACAUAUCGUAUGCAUCUUCUUCACUCUCCUACAAUACAUGAACAUACAAAUAAACAUAAACAUAAUAAUAACCCUAACCAUUAGGAUUUCCUGCUUCUUCUCAUUCACACACAACCUCCAUUUUUUUUAUUUUAAUUGAAUACCUAAAAUUUCCAUAGAUCUCACAAUUUCCACGAGCCCUAGAUUUCUCACUUUUGAAUCCCUGAUUUUUUUUUCCUUUGAUGUUUCCGAUUGCUCUACAAUGCACGAUCACAAUCGACCUCUGAAGAAGAAGGUUUGUGAUUCGACGGCAUUGAAUUAGGGUUUAGCCCCUUCCUAAUGGGUUCGUCUCAGUCCGUACAAGUUCCAGAAGACAGCGAUGAGGAAGAAGACGACGAGGAAGAGGAGCCAGAGGAGGAUCAUAACAAUGGCGACCUCAACAGGAGGAGGAGGGAAGUGGACGGCAAUCAUUUGGUGAAGAAAGUCCUCCAACAGGAGCCUGAGAUGCUUCCCUGCCACGCCUCCGCGUCGCCGCUCUCUCCGCAGCUUUCCUCGCUCGGAACGCCGCGCCUGGGGCCCUCGAUCAAGGUGUGGGACCCUUACAACGUCCUGGCUCCGCCUCCUCCUCCUCCUCCUCCGCCUCCACCGCCGUCGGUGUUCUCGCGGAGCUUCUCCAUGGUGGAGGAGGAUCGGAUGGUGGCGGCGAUGGUUGUGACGACGGAGGUCUUUCUGAUUAGCCACGGAGAGUGUCAGCUGAGUCUGAGGCCGGAUUUGGUCGCUGGACGGUGCCCCAAUGCGGCGCUCACGGCCAAUGGGAAGCGCCAAGCUAGGGCCUUGGCGGUGUUCUUGAAUUCCCAGGGUGUCCGAUUCAAUGCCGUGUAUUCUUCGCCGUUGGAUCGGGCGCGAGCCAUGGCGAUCUCGGUUUGUCAGGAAAUGAACUUCGCAGAGGAACGGAUACAAACCUCAGAUGCACUUGUGGAGAUGAGUCAGGGGCACUGGGAGGGCUGCCUCCGCUCAGAAAUAUACUCAGCUGAAAUUUCGAGCUUCAUUGACAGUAUUCAGCCUGAUUUUUCUGCCCCAUCUGGGGAGUCACUUAGGCAAGUGGAAUUCCGAAUGGUUAAUUUCCUGAACGGGACAGUCUUAGGACUGCCUGAAAAGUUGAGGUCUGAUUUCUCAUCACUCCAUCAGAUGGAGAACCAAGGGUUUGCUCUCCACAAUCCCCAUGCUUUAACCAACUCGAUUCAUGACCGAGAAGGGCCGUCUCUGGCUGCACCUCACUGGGAUAUGCUUCAGAGGCCACGACAGGGGUUUCUUCUGAGAAAAAAAUCAGGGAAGAGCAGACUGCAAUUUAUGACUUCUACUGGAGAGCAUGAGGCUGAAGACGAAAUCUCCCCUCAAGAACCCAACCACCAAAACUCCUUACACGAUUUAAGUGGCAGGAGCUCUGCAUAUGCUUCAUCUUGUAUUGGUAUUUUCAGCCACGCAGUGCCAAUUAAGUGUCUCCUCACAGGAAUCCUUGGUUGCAGCCCGCUGAUGUCGCAUAAGAUCUGCAUAGAAGAUUCUUCGGUGACGGUGUUACAGCAUUCGUGGAAAACUGGUUGGCAGAUAAAAAAGUUGAACGAUACUGCACACCUUAGGCUUCUCUAGUUGGAGUGUUUAACCCGAGAUUCACCAAUGGACAGUGAGGUCUCAAUUAUUGGGCAAGCCCUCGCACGAUUUCUAAAAUGAACAUUAUGUUGCGAUACAUGGUACUGAACGAAGCUGCAGCACCUUCUUUUUUGCUCCUUGUUGUAAUCUUUGCCAUAUUUAUUUUUAUUUCAGGAUUUACCAACUCAAAAGAAAACUUAUUGCCGCAGGAGUUGGAUCUUUGUAUUGGGUGAUUCUUUUGA